AUGACCGUCUACGGGGAUGAGGUUUUAGUCCUGAGGUCUUGGCACGUUGACAUGGUGAAGCUGAGUAAAUGGACAACCUGUGUUGCUGGGACAUAUCAGGAGGAUGUAGUUGAAAUUGGCCAUCAUAAUGGAACAGGUCUGACCAUGUGUCUGCUGUGCCAUGUUGUUCUGGAAAAGCUCAACAGAGAAGAGUCGGCAGAUCAAAGGGAGCUUCAUGUCAUGGAUAUCCACUGCAAUGUGACGAUGCUACAGACCCAGACACAGAUCAACUCCACCAUCUACCACCUGGUUAAGAUGAUCAGCAUGUGUGUGAGCUGCACCUUGAACACCAUGCUCAGUCUUCCCUUACUCUUGGUCAUCACACGCUCCCCAUCCCUCCUCAGGCACGCUCGCUUCCUGCUCCUCACACAUCUCCUCUUGUGUGACAACCUCCAACAGCUCAUCUGGACCAUCAAAGCGGUUCUUUUAAGAUCCAGAGAAGGCAUUCCUGUGACCCACUGUCUGGUCUUCUGUGCUGCCACCCAGGCCUGCUCAUUGGCGGACCUCUUACUGAGUACUGCCCUGGCUGUGGACCGAUUUGUAGCUGUCAAGUGGCCCCUGCGCUAUGAAUUCCUGAUGUGUUCUCGAAGGAAGCGAGUAGCUGUUGCAACUAUAUGGACCUUAUCGGCCGUUCUCAGUGGUGUAGCUUUAUGUAUCAGCCUCAGCACCAUCCAGGUGAAUUUUUCCCUUCCCCGCUGUCGACCUCUCAUCCUCGCACCCUGCCUGUCAGGGACGUCGGCUGUGGUGCUUUACUGCACCGUGGGAACCGCUGUGGUGGUGCCUCUCUGCUCUCUGACCAUCCUGGGUUGCUUCUGCCUGCUCUGCUGGGACAUGCAUGCAGGGCUGCUCUGCACCAAGAGAGCUUGUGUGACCCUGACCCUCCAGGCUGUUCAGACUCUUCUCUUUUCAGUUCCUGUGGUCAUGGACAGCUACCUGAUCCCUGGCUACCUGCACAGUGAUGCUCUUGAUAUAGCUGCAACCAUCACCUACAACCUGGGGGUGUCUCUCAUCCCUCUAGUCUAUGGGUACCGCUCACGAGAGCUGCAGCAAAGGAUACGAAAGGCUGCACACAGGAACAAAGUCACCAACCAAAGUCAGUCAUAA